ACACCAUCUUGAUGACAAACAGACGCGGUUCUGUUUGGCUUGUGUCAUCGAGGCACUCGAUUAUCUGCACAGAAACGGCAUUGUCUAUCGGGAUCUCAAGCCUGAGAAUAUGCUCAUUGACCUGAAAGAUAUUCAGAAUUUCGGAGCAACGAAUCACUACUUGUUACACUUCUUCGAAAUUCGCCCAAAUAUAAGGAAUGGUUCCUCUCAGGAUCCAAGUUAG